AUGAUAUCUUGUUUCAGGUACUGCCACGGUACUUGUGCAUCGUACUUUAUUCCACGACUAAACAGCAAAAAGCUGAAGGCUGUUUUCAAGUCGUGUGCGGCGUUGCGUGCCUCGAGAUUACGAUGCCGUCAAUGUCACAUUGGACUGCCCUGGACAAGAUCCGCCACAAAUUACCAAGUCCAUUGUGAAGAUCAAAAAGUGCGAAUGCAUCGAUCUGGACCUGUCGGCGCAUCUUCGCUUAUAGCCGAUGAGAUCAUAGCCUUCUAG